AUGUUUUGUGCAGCUGCUUUGUGUUUUUUAUGCGGCUGCCCUGCGCUGCUUGGGAGCAAUUCUGGUAUCCCUUCGAUGAGGAGCCAGAAGAACCUCCAUGCCACCUUCCGGUUGAAGAACAUCGACGAUGAGGGAAAGGCGAAGCAGUUGAUCGACAAAGGCUGCAAGGUCCAGCGCUGCCCUUCGAUGACGGGCUCCAAUCCCUGUUGGGGGGAGACCGAACAGCUGACGGGCUCGGGGGGAUGGGUCUUCAAGAGCCCACUCCUGGAGAAGGCCACGAUGCCGAACUUGUACUUGAAGAUCGAGUUGUCGAGCCGGAAGUAUGAGAAGUUGGGCAUGAUCAGGUUCCUGGGUGGCGCGCCGACCUUGGACUUGAGUGACUCCAAGAAUCUCUACAACAACCUCUGGAUGCCCUUGGCCACCGUGGACCCAGCCACGCCGAAGCUGACGCCCAAAGCCCAUGGCGAGCUGCGCUUGAUGACGCCUUCGCAGGAGACCGUGGCCUUGCGUCGCUUGCCCAAGACGGCUCGUGGUUGGCAGAGGGAGUUGAAGCAAGCGCUGAAGGGCACGGCUAUGCGCGAUCCCAUCUACGACGAGCAGGCGGUGAAGCGCGGCUAUGAUCCCAACUUGUACGACCACCAGGGCGAUCACCAAGAGGCUAUGAAUGAAGCCAAGCUCAGCCAUAUGCAGAAGAUGUUGGAGAGCGACUGCUGUGAGUGGCAGCAACGUGUUGCUUGGCGCGACUUCGGCCUGAAGCUGGAAUCGAUGAGCAACGCGGACGCGGAUGAGCAACAGCAGAGACCCUCCUUGAGCCUGCUCGGGAGCGGGUGGUCACGGGGGGAGACGCCCAACACUCGGAUGUUGUGGGAGUUGGAUGAGAUGAUGCGGCAUGGAGUGCCUGCGCAGAAUCGCGGGGAGAUCUGGUUUGAGAUCACUGAUGCUGAGGAGCUCCAGCGGAAGUGGCUGGAAAGCUGGGCCGAGAAGCUCUCGAGCGAGGCACAUCCAUCUGUGGCCUUCUACUGCAGGCUGGUGGAAGACGGUAAGCCCUCCCGGAAUGACGCCAUGUGGCAGUUACACGAGGACUCGGUGGCCUCCUGGGAGAGGCCCACACACCACAGGGCGAUGGCCAGACACGUCCAUCGGCUGUGCGGCGCGCGGAGGACUCGCCUGUGUGGCGCUCAUCGCCAUCAUCGGCUGAAGGAUGAUCUGGGCUGCAACCCUCAAGUGCCCAAUGACCAGGACUUGGAUGCCAAUGCUCAAGGCCAGCGGGUCUCUUCCGUGGUGGCCUACUGCAAAUUGCUGCUGGUCUUGGCCUUCCACCUGGUCGUCGUGCAGACGCCGCAGACCACGGUGAAGGAGGAGGUUUGGAAGGAGACUUCCGGCACCGUCUCCGCUGUUUGGGCCUUUUGGUUGCUCUACUUUCUUUGGACGGAACAGGUGAACGGUCUUUCUUCAGGAGAUUCCCUACUUCUCCUGCAGCGGCAACUGAUUGUCCUCAAGGUGUGA